UCCUCCAUAAGUUCAGCUGCCAAAAGGGAUCUUUAAAGUUUAUGGAGAAGGAAAAAACAGAUGUAUUUCAACAAAGCAACUCUUUGAAAUGAAAUUAUAACUUUUGGAAAGGCAGUUUUCUAUAUAAAAUGUGAUUUAAACAUAUUUUUUUGUUUGUUAAGCAAGAGCCAUUUUAGAUAAAGCAAAUGCAUUGUAGCAAAAAUAAUAUAUAUAUAUAUAUAUAUACGUAAACAAAAACUAAAAAAAAAAGCUCAGAUUCAAUUUUGUAUUUACACUGUCUUUAAACUGAGCAUGUUCUUUCUUUCAUUUAAAUCAGCAACACAUGUCAGUGUCCAGACAGGCUUCAUUCCUCCAUCAAAUAUUUUACAUUUAAUGGGCAAACCAUUUCCUGCAUGUUGAUCCCCAGAUCCCUCCUGAUGGGACGCAAGAUGUGCUCUGUUCUCUUUCAACAUGUGCUCAACGAGGACUCUGGUCCUUACACCACAUGGAAGCUCCAGCAGGAAAGUUCACAGAUCAGUCAGAGCGCCAAGACCCAGCUCCGUUUUAGGGAGCACAACCCCCUCGGCGCAUUCCCCCUCCUGACGUCCAGCCUACUCGGAGCUUGGACCUAUGAGACGCACUGCUUUCCCUCUGCACUCUCCGACACUUCUUUCUGACAGAGGUUUGAAUCUGGCGUGAAAAAUGGAAGCCACGGAUAUUUUUUAUCAUCCGUUUUGGGUGGUUCUAUCAGCGGUGCUGGCGGUGGUCGUGCGCCUCCAGCGCAAAGGCCCCUGGAAUCCACGAGCAUGCCCCGUGCAGCUCACUGGAAAGACUGCAAUAGUGACAGGAGCCAACACAGGCAUCGGGAAGUUCAUUGCCCUGGACUUUGCACGCCGUGGGGCCCGAGUCAUCCUGGCAUGUCGAAGCGAAUCCCGAGGGACAGCGGCAGUAAACGAAAUCAGGCAGAUUACUGGAAAUGCAGACGUCCAUCUGCGUCUGCUGGAUGUUUCCUCCAUGGCUUCUGUCAGGGAGUUUGCAAAGAAGAUACUUGAGGAGGAGAAAGCGCUGCACAUCCUCGUAAACAAUGCAGCGGUAUCAGGUUUGCCCAGGCAGAUCACCAAAGAUGGAUUUGAGGCUUCUUUUGCCACCAAUCAUUUGGGACCAUUUCUUCUCACCAACUUACUGCUGGACCUGCUGAAGCGCUCGGCUCCAUCGCGCAUCGUCACCGUCAGCUCUUUGAACCACAAGAGGGGAAAGGUGGAUUUCUCCAACUUUCACGGUGAAAACCUGGAUUAUUUCAUGGAUCAAGUCUACAACAACACUAAACUGCACAAUAUCAUCUGUACCAAUGAGCUGGCCCGCAGGCUGCAGGGGACAGGAGUCAUCGCCAACUCCGUCCAUCCUGGUGUCGUCAUGACUGAGGUGAUGAGGCACUAUCCAUUUUGGAUACGCUAUCCCUUCAACGCCAUUGGCUUCUUCUUUUUCAAAUCGUCAGAAGAAGGAGCAGUCGCCCCAAUCUACUGCGCUGUAUCCGAGGAACUGGAGGGAGUGACAGGAAAGUAUUUUGACAGCGACUGCUCUCUUGUCCUUCCUGCUCCUUUAGCCCGAGACCCGGCCCUGGCGGUCAAGGAUUUUGAGGUGUGUGAGAGACUGACUUCAAAGCUGUGAGGCAACAAUCUCUGCUUGAUAACAGAGAACAGGUCGAAGUCCUGUCGACUUCAGGGACUGAGACAGUCAAUGUGAGCGGCUGUCCAAACCCACCAGGAGAACUCUGAAUAUAUAUAUUUUUUUCAUUUUCUGCACUUUCAUGGAAAUAUUUUAAACAAUAAGAUGUUGCCAUUUGGUGCAAAACCAAAGACAUUUGCUAAAAGCUUACAUUUUGCAUUGCUUCAAGUAUGCUGAGAAUAGAAGGCUCCAUAAGUUUCUGUCUUUAUUGGUGGGCAAAGUGCUGACACCAUGUGGCCAACAGCGUCUUGCAGUCUCUCUGGAAUCAGACAAAACUCCAAACAGUUGAUAGAAUCACAUGUCUUUAUUAGAAGAUUUAAUAAAACACAAUUUUUCAGCCUU